GCCGGAAGCGGAGCGCGGCGGUGGCCGGGGUCGCGCUGCACGGACCGAGCGGGGGCGGCGGGCCGCGUCUCCGUCCAGGGCACGCAUGGGCAUCCUGACCGCGGUGACCCGGGGCCUGGUCCGCGGAGCGGACCGCAUGAGCCAGUGGACGAGCAAGCGCGGGCCGCGCACCUUCAACAAGGGCCGCGGCGCCAAGGGCAGCGGCGUGCGCGCCUCGGGCGGGAGGUUCGUGCCGGUGAAGGAGAUGGCUCCGGAGUUCGUGGUGCCGGACCUGGCCGGCUUCAAGCUCAAGCCCUACGUGUCCUACCGCGCCCCCGCGGGCGCCGACGAGCCCCUGACGGCCAAGGCGCUGUUCCUGGACACCGCGGCCCCUGCGAUCGAGAAGGACUUUCGAGAAGGUGCUUUCGACCCCGAGAACCUGGAGAAGUACGGCUUCGAGCGCACCCAGGAGGGCAAGCUCUUUCAGCUGUACCCCAAGAACUUCCCCCGCUGACUCCAGCCCCGGGGGCCUUCCCGCGCCCCUUGUCCAUUAAAAGCCCUUCGCGUCCCCA